AUGAUGGAAGGCAUGAUGCACUGCCGGUCUCCCGUUGGGGAACAUGAGUCCUCGCAGCUCUCACAGACUGGAGACACUGCAACUCGCCGCGACUCGUUCUCUUCUCCGAGCGUCAGCGUUCCUCGGUAUCCCUUUCUUCUUCCUUCACAAGACAUUCCCGAGGCGAACGUCUCCUUGCUUCCCUCGGAGUCUCUGACGACUCCUGCAACUCCGUCUUCGCCUACAGGAUACCCUUCAGUGUCUUCGUCUCUCUUGCCCUCUUCUGCGCCUUCACCCUCGAAACGUUCUUCGUUUUUAGACUGUUCGCCUUCUGUACAGACACCGACGGAGUCGACAGGCCAUUCUUCGUCUCUCUCGCUCUCUUCAGAGUCGCCUUCUUCGGUCUCCUUGUCACUGACAGCGGCGCGCGCAUCCCCAGAAGCCUCGCCUUGGCAGGACUCGCACGAGAAAGACGGAUUUGAUCCAACUGCCUCCUGCAACUUAUUUUCUCCCCUCUUUCCCCCCGGGUGUCCGUACACCCCAAUCGCGCUCCUCGGCACCGGCGCUGUCGCCAGAGUUUUCCAGUGUCUGGACCAACGACGGAAUCCCCCUACCUUCGUCGCCGUCAAACUCAUUCGGAAGCAAAUUUUAAAGAGAAAUCCCGUUCUCCGUCAGCAAGUGAUCAACGAAAAAGAGGCUUUGCGCCGUCUCAGCGUUCCGCGCCUUCGCAGGGUCGGCGACGGUGCUGUCCCUUUCUCUCGCUCUGCGUCUUUGUCUCUGCCUUCCUCUCCUCCCCCUGCGUCUUCUUCGUCCGCUUCGUCAGAGCCGUCGCGCGGCGCGACAGAAGAGGCGCGAGCGCCAGAGUCUCCGCCGAGCGCCGAGGCCGCCAGAGAAGGUCCGCGAGGUGGAGAGGCGGAUGGCGACGCGGAGCGAGGCUUGCCCGCCCGGCGGUUCUGUCCGUUUAUCCCGCGACUGUUGCAUGCGUUUCAGGACGCGCAGCGGCUGUUUCUCGUGAUGGAUCUCUCAGGUUUUUCGAACCUCCAGGAGAUUCUUCGCCGGGUCAGUCCGGCGCAUGCAGACUCCGAGUCUUCGCCGUCGUGUCUCAUUCAGCUCAGCGAACUGGCGGCGCAAACUUGGACGGCCGAGCUGGUCGCUGCCCUCGAAUGGCUGCGCGAACGCGGCGUCGUCCACAGAGACCUCAAACCGCAGAACCUCGUGAUCUCUCCUGAGGGGCACUUGUGCGUGGUGGACUUUGGCGCCGCGCUGCUUCUUCCUGCGGAAGAUCAGACGCUGCAGGAGAGCCGCGAACUCCCCGAGAAGAAGCGCGAAACGAACUCCCGCGUGGGCUCGGGAGGUACUCUCUCGCCUUCGUCACUCUCUUCUGUCGGUCCUGACGCGCUGAUGACGAGCGCCGAUGGCGCGUCUCCUCCCCUCCUCCCCUCACCGCAUCGCUCUGCCGCUGGACUCUCUGCUUCCCACUGCUCUCUACCUGCCUCUGCUUCUCGCUCUUCUUCUGUCCCUGCUCCUUCCCGAGGAGUCUCCGCUUCUUCCCCAGUUCAGUCUUCUUCGCCUUCUGCUCCUCCUUCCUCUCCAGGUCCUCCGUCUUCUCCCUCGCCUUUGCCUCCUUUCCCUCCCACUGCGUUCCUCUCUUCUUCUCCCUCUUCUUCUUCUCACGCUCCUUCCUCGCCUUCGCCUUCUUGUCUUGCUGCCUCCAACGCCUCUCCUGCAGCUGGCGGCUCUCGCUCGACACAGUCUCCCCUGUCUUCCUCGUCUUCGCUGGGUGUCUCCUCUGAACUCCUCAACGGGGCUGAAGGCUUCAUGCUCGCUCUUCAGGAACGGCAGACGCACGCGCUAAACGUCCGCGAAAAAGAGACGACGCCAGAAAAGGGAGAAGGCGAAACGGAGAGGAAGCAACGGCCGGCAAGUCUCGCAGAAGCUGCAAACCCACAGGCGCAGAGAGGCGCCUCCACUGUGAUCUCAGACUGCGCUGGAACCUGCCUCUACUCGGCACCCGAAUGCUUUGUCCAGAGUGUCGCACCUGGCGGCCGAGCAGAGAUAAGAGAGUCUCACACCAGCAACCAUUUUCAAGAGAAAACGCUUGACAGCAAGAUUCCAGAGGACUCGCGAGACGGCAAAGAGAGUCGCGGACUUGGGCUGCAAAGCGCCGCCUCUCCUUCUACCGAAAAACCUACGUUUACAACAGACCGGCUUCCAGCUGCCCAUGUCACUCCUGGCUCUUCUUGUGCGUCUCUCCUUGCUUCUCAGUCUUCUUUUCUAUCUCGCCCUCCUUCUUCUUUCUCUGCUUCUUCUUUCUCAACUUCUUCCCCCUCUUCCUCUUUCCCCUCUUCCUCUUCCCCCUCGGCUUCUUCCCCCUCGGCUUCUUCCCCCUCUUCCUCUUCUUCCCAGCUCUCAUCAUCGUCUUCUGCGUCUUCCUCCUGGGCGCCUUCGAUUCAUUAUGCGCUGGACUUGUGGUCUCUGGGAUGCAUCGCCUACGAGAUGUUGUGUGGGCGCCCUGCGUUUGAGGCGCAGGUCCCCCAGGAGACAGUGGAGAAGAUUUUGCGCGGCGCCGUCGAGUUUCCUUCCUCCCUUUCCGCGGAGGCCAGAGACUUCAUUUCGCGCUUGCUCGUUGUCGAGCCCACGGAGCGACUUGGUUUUCGGGAUUUCAGCGAACUGAAGUUCCACCCAUUCCUCGCUUCUCUCGGAGAAGACUUUUGGCGACUGCCGUCAGUCCCCCUUGUGCGUCUCUACGAGCGCAAACGCGUACGCACCCUCAGAGGCGCAGAGAAGGCGAACAGUCGAGAGGCGAAGCGAGAACCAGAGUCCGAGAGCGCGCGAGAAGCAGAUGCGCUGCGGGAAGCGACUGCUUCGAACGCAGGGCAGAGUUCAAACGGAGACGCAUCACGAGACAGCGACUGUUUCUUCCGGCACUCUGGGGAUGAAGAGAAAGAAGCCAGCGGUGCGAAGGUGCCGGACGAAGGUCCGAGUGAGGGCGAUGCCUCAUCCCAGCUUUCGCUUGUUUUCUCUCAAAAGAAAGAAAUGUCCACUUCUCGAUCUCGGUCAGGCUUCUCCUCCGCUUCGGUGGCUCCCGUGCCGCCGCUUGAGGCGCUGGGAGAGAACGGACAACGCCUAGGCGAUCUCCCCCCGCAUGUUUCUUUCUCAGAGCUGCAAGAAAGUGAGGACGACAUACGCUUCGGGCAACUAGCUGCGCAGUCGAGCGGACGGUGCUCCGAGUUCCUCCCUUCCAUUCCAACUUUGUACAACGCAGACGAGGAAGGAAACGGAGACAUAGAGGCGUCUCUCGAACUCACGCCGUUCCUCGGAUUCGGAGCCUCUUCUCUCAGACGCGCGGCUGCAGGCCAGGCGCCGGCUGCUGCGCCCCUGCCUGUUCCCUGCCUCGCGCAUGCAGCCGUUCUCGCUUCUCCACGAUCCGAGGAGACUCACGCGGAGAGCGGCAGGCGAGACGUUGAAUGCGCAAGGUCACCUCCCACUGCCUGGCGACACACAGGAAGGCACAUGCAGUUCUUUCCAGAAGAGAGCAUCGUGCGAGACAGCAACCGACAGGAAGGCAGAAGCGGCAAAGGAAGGCGAGAAGCAAAUGGAGGACCCAGAGGCAAAAGAGAAAGAAAAGAAGAAGAAGAAGAAGCAAGAGGAAGGAGAGCGUCAGAAGAGCGAAGAAGGAGAACAACAACGAGGAACGAAGGAAGAGAAGAAGAAGAAACAAGAGGAAGGAGAGCGUCAGAAGAGCGAAGAAGGAGAACAACAACGAGGAACGAAGGAAGAGAAGAAGAAGAAACAAGAGGAAGGAGAGCGUCAGAAGAGCGAAGAAGGAGAACAACAACGAGGAACGAAGGAAGAGAAGAAGAAGAAACAAGAGGAAGGAGAGCGUCAGAAGAGCGAAGAAGGAGAACAACAACGAGGAACGAAGGAAGAGAAGAAGAAGAAACAAGAGGAAGGAGAGCGUCAGAAGAGCGAAGAAGGAGAACAACAACGAGGAACGAAGGAAGAGAAGAAGAAGAAACAAGAGGAAGGAGAGCGUCAGAAGAGCGAAGAAGGAGAACAACAGCGAGGAACGAAGGAAGAGGAGAAGAAGAAGCAAGAGGAGUUGUUCGUAAAGGUAGAAGAGGAAGCCCCAGUGUAGACCGCAGGGUCAGACAGGUCAGCGACGAAGGAGAAGAUUUCGUCGGUGGGGAUAUCGGGAAGGAGACAGCAAGAGAGACGCGAACGAGGCGGCGAAGCAACGAAAACAUUGAAAACCGCAUGCAUGCAGCGCGGAGCGAGAGUAGAGGAAAGGGAGAGAAGGAGGCUGGAAGCCGGACCGGCAGCAGAGACCGAGCGUCACAGUCGUGGACAGCUGAGGAAGACCGCAGACUGAGCCUCGCUAGGAAGAAAUACGAAGGAGACAGAUGGCGACGCAGUGAGGAAGACCUUGGUAUCGUUCAGAGACUCGAAGACAGGUCUCGGGAAGACAACGUAGGCGCCUCCUCUCUCAGUGACCCUGCCCUCGGUCUUGUCGCCGAUCUAUACCCGUUGGGCGUCCUCAGGGCAUUCCUUGAUGAGCGAGAAACGGCUGUCUUGUGGGGACCCCUCACGCGCAUGCAAGAGGCAACAGCUCCGUUUAAUCGCUUUUGCGCGAUUCACAUGCGACGAAGAGGAUACCGCUUGUAUGGCAACAGUCGGGCAGCUCUCGAACCGGAGCCCUGUCUCGCCGUCUUGACAGACAAGCCUCGGCUUCUUCUCUUUGAUCCUUUCAAGCUCAGACUGAGGAAAAGUAUUUUGUUGAGUGGCGAUGGCCUGGCUGUCUCUGCCGAAGGAGGAGAUGUUCUGUUUUAUCAAUCUUCUCGGUACUCCUUGCUCUUCAUGGACGAUCGGGGACAAGCCGAAGUCUGGGCAGAAAUUAUGAGUCGACUCAUCCUUUUGCGAGGCCGAUGUCCGUCGGAAAUGCCUCACAUCCGGCAGUUCUUUUCUUGGUGUCCCCACUGUUUCUCUCGACCGUCGAGACCAAGGCGAGGGGCGUCUUCUGUCGCAUCUUUCGGCCGCGAGGAAAGCGAGGCAGUGAUACCUCCCAGGGAACGUGCAGAGGCUUCAACAGAAGGACGGGAGCGCUUCACUGGGGUAGAAAACCGGCAUUUCGAGGAGGCAGCAGUGGGGAUGGGAGCGAAGAGGGAGGGCCAGCGACGGCUGUCUCCGCUGUCUCUUUCAGCACAACGUAGCGACUCUCAGAAAGAGAGAGAAGAACAGCAACGUGUAGCCGAGGAGCGCGACAGAUGGCCGGGCUACACUGAUGCGUCGGAAACGCAGGAAGACGAGGAAGGAAGAGACCAGGAGAAUCCUUGGCCUCAGUUAUCUCACAGACACCUCAGCAGCGACACCCAAGAAGCUCGAGAGCGCAGGGCCUGCUGGCUCCUCAAGCGCCGCUGUUCGUCCAUCGAAAGAUCGACAACGGCUUGGGGAGACGAAGAGCAAAUCGCCGAAGAGUGGGAACCUUUUUCUGAUGACGGAAAGAGGGAAAGUGGCUUUGAAGAAGAGUCUGAAAACGGGAAAAGACGGCCGGAAGUCAAGAAUGGAACGCAGAUGUUUUGGGGAGAUUCUGAGGCGAGCCCGAAACCCUCUUCGUUUUCUCAGUUUCUGCUUGGCCGGGCCAAAAAGGUCGGAAACGUCGCCGCAGGAGCUGUCCGUGCCUUCCACAGGAAGUGGCGGAGCGACAGUGAUUCCGAGUUUCGCGCGAGGUAA